CAUUUAAGGACAUGCGGACAUCUGUUAAGUGUAAACAAAGUCAGAUGUUGUUAUGAACGUGUACGUGUCCUUUGUUCCGUACGUUAUGGAAAGCUACCGUACUUUUCCACACAGAGGUUUAGCCGUAUAGUCCAUCCAUAGUGUUUUACAUCCACAGUCAGCGGCGCCAAUGUCAUCGUUCUAUGAUUGGCUGACAGCCAAAGGACUUUAAAAGGAUCUGAUUGGCUGUCACCGAAGGGGCACGUACGACUGGAAAGUAGCGUCAGUACAUCGCGUGCCCUGCGUGUCUUGUGACGUAGUGUGACGUAGUUCAAGCAUAAAGCCCAGUUGCUCGCCGCCUUCCUUGAAUGAAGUUGGAGCGAAGAGAAAUCCAGUUGCUGUAUAAAGCAUUUUAAAAGAGUGUAAACAUAAGGGCUAUUUCUCUGACCACGUUUUCAAAAGUUGUCUUCCUUGAGUGAAUAACGCUGUCUAUAAAAGAAAAGAACAUGAAAUUCAUCAUAGGCAUCGGAGGAGUCACCAAUGGUGGAAAAACCACCUUAACUAAUAAACUGAUCAAGACGUUGCCCAACUGCUGUGUUGUGCACCAAGAUGACUUUUACAAGUGAUCACAGCUCUGGACAUGGAGGCCAUGACAAACACAGUCAAAGGAUGGAUGGAGAACCCAGUAAAGUUCGCUCGUUCUCACGGCGUUACGCUGUCCCCCGCUCCUGAUGUGGCUGACCCUGACAAUCAGACUCACAUUUUGAUUGUAGAGGGCUUUCUGCUCUACAACUACGGGCCCCUGCUGGAUGUUUUUGACAAAAGCUAUUACAUCACCAUUCCCUACGAGGAGUGCAAAAGAAGGAGAAGUACAAGGCAGUACACCGUCCCUGACCCCCCAGGCCUGUUUGAUGGCCAUGUUUGGCCAAUGUACCUGAAGCACAGGAGAGAAAUGGAAAACAGUGGUAUCACUAUUGACUACCUGGAUGGUUUGAAAACAAAAGAGGACAUCUACAACCAAGUGUAUGAAGACAUCCAGAACAACCUGCUCAACCGUUUAUAGCAGGAAGACUCUGAUCUGUCUGUACAGUAUUUGUAAAUAUUGUGGGGAUUUUUUUCUUUCUAAUGUUUUUGGUUAUUUUUGUAUAUAUAGUAGAACCAUUUUAACUUAUCAUUGUACUUUUUUUUUUUAAAUCAUCUUUGAUUGGUGUUUUUUUUUUUUCAUUUGUUUGUUUAAAAGAUGAUUGUUUUAACUGAUUCUGUUGUUUUAAAACAUGAACUUGCACUGGACGGUUGACGAGAACAUUGUCCUACAAUCCUACAGAAUAAACAUUGACUGCUGUAUCACUGAUACAGUGCAUUAAUCAA